AUGGCGCCCACGGUAGACUUAACAGCCCAUCGCCCACCUGCACGCAUCCCAAAGUUGAGGUAUCGAAAUCCCCUGCCCUCCGACGGUCAGUCCUCGCUCUCUUCGCACCUGUCCCAGCACACCGGUUCCGUGUCUACUUCCGUCCUAGACCGUUCCACCACACCCGGCUCUAACCCAGCCUCGUCCAGAUCCCGACCAUCCUUCGACACCGCUAGUCUGUCAUCACCCAGCCUGGCUUCCACACUCUCCAGCACCGCUUCCUCAGAUGCCUCGAGGUCAUCGAGGAAGAAGAAAAAGGCCGGCUCGGUGCUGAGCUUUCUUUCCUUGAAGGAACCCUCCCAAUCCGCCCUCGACCAAUUCGCCGACCAACAGUGCAAGCAGGCCGCCGACAAAAAAGGAUCCAUUGCCGCACCUUUCAGAUCCACCGGCAAUUAUGCCAACCAGAAAUUGCCCCCACAUGUUCCCAAGGUCAAUUCCAAGUGGGAUGGUGUUCCUGACCUCAAGAAAAAUCGGUCUUCGACAGCUAGUGCCUCCUCCAAGGACAACCGAAGCAGCGUGAUAUCACGGGGCACCUUCGCCACCCAUCUCCGAGGCAUCACUUGGAACGAAUCCAGAUUGACCGUCAUGACGGAUGGGACGCGCAAUCCGCCUAAUUCGAUGAUUUCAUCUGCACUAUCAACGUCAAACUUGCCUGGUGGAGACGGCGCGAGGACAUGGUCGCCAUCAACCACAGCCUUACCCGAGAUAUCCUACUACUUUCCAGACGCCGGAGAACAGUCGGAAAAGCUGCCGUUUAUGACCACGGUAGAGCGCAGGUCGUCGACUGAACUUGCUCCUAGGCUCUCGGAUUCUACUGCCUGCACCGAGUCUAGCAUAGACGAAUCUUUGGACUUCAGGCCAGAUUCGCCUGCCUCUUCUACAUAUUCAAUCAAUACCGCCAUCCGCGAUGCUGCAGACAACAUCUUCAGGAAGCUGAACGACCAGCCACAGCAAAACCCGUGCAAGGAAGAUGCGCGUGCCCUACAAUCACCAGAAGAAGAUGGUGUACCCGAUUCACACAACUUUCUCUUCAGCGACCAACCUAUCAUCGAGACGGGAAAGAACGACUCUCCCGUGGCGGAAUCGCCCAUAGUUUCAUCGCCCGCUGCACCAACAGCGGUUCCACAUUAUGCGCCUGUUCAUCCCGUCCUGAAUUCCAAUCGUUCAAAUUCUAGCGGAUCUAGGCCGCCCACCUUUCGAUCGUCAUCCAUGCCAUCCUAUCGAAGGAUACCAUCAGCAUCAGCUCUGCCAACCUUGUACGAAGUCUCGCUUGCGAGCAGCACUGAAUCGUUGGGAACAGUUCGCGACUACGACAAUAGUAAUGGUGAAGGGGACACUCAUUCAAUCGCGCCCUCUACCGUUGCUCCAUCAGAACUUUCCAAACACUGGUACGAGUCUCCUCGCGAGCGACUUGGUCUUGGUGGACGUCUGAAGAUGAAUGACAUUUCCCCGUGGAAUAGCCAAGAGGAGACGCGAGCUCCUCGCGUUCUCCGGCCGAGGUCAGCGGAGAUCUGA